AUGUUUUCGAGUGUAUAUUCCCAAACAUGUCGUGGAAUCUCUCAAUAUGGUAAAUGUUCAACCAAUAAUGAUUGUGGUUGUCUACCUUUGGCAGCUUCUGAGAAUGGCGGUAUUUGUGGUUUUCUUUGGGUAGAUUGUUCUCGUCUUGAUCCAUGUCGAACUUCUGAUAAUACUUGUGAAAAACUUGAUCAUAUGUGCGUUCAUCAUCAGUGUAAAAAUGGUCCUGUUUGUUAUCCAUUGUCAAUGAUUGAUCAACGAAUCUGUCCACCAAUGGAGGCUACACCUUCACCAUCAAUACCUAAUGACGGUAUCUGUACAACAGCAACAUGGAGUCGACAAGGUAUUACUGUAGCUGGUGGCUAUGCUUGGGGCAAUGGACUAAACCAACUUUAUUAUCCUAUGGGAAUUUUUGUCGAUGCAAAUCGAACUGUUUAUGUAGCAGAUUCCAACAACGCCCGAAUAGUCAAAUGGACACAAAAUGCUACAUUUGGUCAGAUAGUUGCAGGUGGAUUCGGAGCAGGAGGUGGUACAGCACAGUUAUACGGUCCUAUGGAUCUUGUCGUCGAUAAAUCUGGCUCAAUCUACAUCACUGACACCUUUAAUAAUCGAGUGCAAAAAUGGAAUCGAAAUGCUCAAGUGGGUGAAACAAUUAUUAUAGUACAGCGUCCUAUUGGUCUAGCAUUAGAUGAUGAAGAAUCACUUUAUGUAUCUGCAUCUUAUUGGUCGAAAGAUUUGCUAAAAUUGCGUAAGGGUGACAAACAUGGAUCUGUCAUUGCUUCUAAUUUACCUGAACUCUUCUAUUUGUUUGCGCAUCGAAAUCGAUCUAUUUAUGCGGCAGAUAAAAACAAUGGUCGAAUAUUAAAAUUCGAUGAAGGCAAAGCACAAAUUUCAGUUGCUAUUGGUGAAUUACAAAGUCUUGGCGUACCUCAAUUAGCAUUUCCGUCCUCUGUUGUUGUUGAUCAAUCCGGUACUAUGUAUGUCGUUGAAUACGGAAAUCAUCGUGUCACACGAUGGUUACCUGGAGCAAAAACAGGCAUUGUAAUUGCGGGUGGUCGUGGUCAAGGUUAUCAAUCUGAUCAACUUAAUCUUCCUACUGAUAUAGCAUUUGAUCUUGAUGGAAAUCUUUAUGUUGCAGAUUACGGAAAUCAUCGAGUACAAAAGUUUGCUAUUGAUAAGACAUCAUGUCAAUAG